UAUGAAUCAUCCUUCCUCCUAAGAUGGCGUUGCACCUGUUCCGUCUGUGUUGAUCCUACUUGUUUUCGGCUCAGUAUUACAAAAUAAACCAUCUUCCAGACGUUGACAUUAAAGCGGACACGGUUCCGAAGCGAGGUCGGCUGUUUAAAGAUGUCCACAGACGAGCUGUCAGCCUCGGAUAGCGAGGCUGUGCUAGCCGGAGCAGGGGAGCGUUGGGCUCCGGUGGGCGCUGUGGCCAGCCCCGAGGAUGAGAGCGAGAGCUGCGGCAGCGGCGCUCGGUCGAGGCUGAGAUGCUCGACGUCGGCCAGCGAAGAGGAAAUGACCUCCCGGCUGAGGAGGCUCGAGGAGGAGCAGGACUUACUAAACUCCUCUCUCCUCGCACUCACCUCUCACUUCGCUCAGGUCCAGUUCAGACUGAAGCAGAUCGUUCACGCACAGAGCGAGGAGAAGGAGAGGAUGCUGGCAGACCUGGAGGAGUUCGCCUUCAGGGGAUGCCCGCAUGUGGUGGGCUGCAGGGCUCAGGACACCAAGCAGCUGGAGAACUCGAGUGAGAGGGAGAAGAGGGAACGUCUGGAAGCGCAGAGGGAAAAACAGAAGGAUCUCAUUUUCCAGCUGAAGACGCAGCUGGAUGAUCUUGAGCGCUUCGCCUACCAGGAGGGAAGCUACGACUCGCUGCCGCAGUCCGUCGUCAUGGAGAGACAGAAGGUCAUCAUUGACGAGUUGAUCAAAAAGUUGGAUGUAAACCUGAACGAGGACAUCGGGAACUUGUCACCUGAGGAGCUGAGGCAGAGAGUGGACGCUGCAAUCGCUCAGAUAGUGAACCCAGCCAGAGUCAAAGAGCAGCUGGUGGAGCAGCUCAAAACGCAAAUCAGGGAUCUGGAGAUGUUCAUCAACUUCAUCCAGGAUGAGGUGGGGAACCCUCUUUUGUCAGAUGGACGCAGCCAGCAGCCACGCGCAGCAGGGACCAAUGCCAGAUCUCCAGGAGCAAAGAAGAAAGUGGACCCAGAGCAGGCCCAGAAGAUGCGAGAGACCGGCCUGCAGCUGAUCCAGAAGGCCCUGGCCGUGCUGCAAAUCUUCGCUGCCAGCCAAUUUGGCUGCGCGACCGGACACGUCCCCCAGAGCAUGUGGCCUCAGGAUCUGUGCGGGCAGGACUACGGACCCCUGCUGCAGCAUCUGGAGGCAGCUGUGGAGAAGGUGCGAGUUCUGGGAUCGCAUAGGCACCCAUCUGUCGAACACGUGGUCAAUUACACCAGCAGCUCCACGCUGGGGGCCCGAGACGAGCUGACGACGUCUGUGAGGAAGGAGCUGGCCAUUGCUCUGAAAGACUUGUUGGCUCACGGCCUCUUUUCACCCUCUCAGACCAUGAGCGUAGUGCUGGCACCCAUCUCCUGCCUUCUGCCUUACAGACCAGUCCCACAAACCAUGCACCCAUGGGAACUCUUUGUGAAGUACUACCACUCCAAAAACGGGAAGGCCUUCGUAGAGUCACCAGCCCGCCAGCUCUCUCAAUCCUUCGGCCUGCACGUUGGGAGCGGCCCGGUAACCGUCACGCCUAAGCAGUCUCUGUUGUGGGCCAUUCACACUGUGCUGAAGGAGCAUGGACGUUACAAGCGAGGACCGGACUCGGAGUUCAAAGCUCUGGUGUGCAUGGCUCUGAAUGAGCAGCGGCUCGUAUCGUGGCUCAACCUGCUGUGCAAGUCGGGCACUCUGAUACACCCGCACUAUCACUCCUGGAGUUACAUGGCGCAGACCGGCUUCGAAGGAGCCCUGCGCAUCCUGGGUCGCAUCAGCCACCUCAGGUUCAACCUCCCUGUGGAUCUGGCUGUUCGGCAGCUCAAGAACAUUAAAGAUGCUUUCUGAGGAUGAGAGUGUUUGUUUUAUCAGCUGAACUAAACUGCUCUUACCAAACAUUCAGGACCAAAAGCAUGACUUUGCUUUAAGUAUGUAGCCUUUUAAAGGUUAUCUAAGCAGCAACCCUUCUAAAGUUAAGUGCAAGUACGUGAUGUCUACACUACAUGCAUGGGUGAUAAUGUCGUGUUAGUCUGCAUUCCUGCUAUAUUAAAAUAUCAAAGACUCAGCUGCUUGUACUGUAAAAAUGCCUUAUUGUGGAGAUGGAGAUUACCUCAUCUUUAGCCUUCCUGACCUUAGCGACCUGUGCUGCUCAUCAUACUGUAUCAUUCCCCUGUCGUACCUGUUAGUGGCCUGAGCUAUGCAGCAAACAUUGUGUGAGAGUUUUACAGUAAUCACUACUGUAAUUUCCAGUCUGACAAUCCAGGAAGUAAAUGAAUUAGCGGGAAGUUUGCUCUACCGUGGCCUCUGCAUGGUAAACAAGAGCUGUCACGGGUGCUUGUUCUUAGUGAAAAGUGCAGUAGCUUCUGUUUGCGAAUGAAUAAUUCAGCUGGUAAAUCAUGUGUAGCAAACUGGCUAAAUGGCAGCACUCAGGUCAGCCCGUAAAGGAAAAUGCGCGUUACGGUUUCCUCCGCUGAGGAAAACCCAAAUGUGGGUGGUGUUAUGUAAGAAAUAUGCAGCUGUAGCAGAUGAAGCUGUUGUCACUUCUGGUGUUUCAGGUUUGAAAAAGCAUUUUGACCCUGUAUAAACUGCUGCUUUCCUCCUCCUUACAGGCGUAGUUCAAUCCAGCUCAUAUAGAUGAGAAUAUCCCAAAACUGACAUAAUUGUAGGAUGUAAACUUUUGUUUUGUUUUUUUCCAUCAUCCUGAGACAGUUCAGUUGCACGUCCUAUAUAACUGAAUGUAUAAACCGUAGAUGCUAUUAAGUCAGAGUUCACCCCAAAAUUGAAUUUCUAUAUGCUAUCGUUUGGCUGUUAGUGCUGCUUGUUAAGAUUUGAAGCCAAAACAUCGUGAGAUUCAUUGGGAAUUCCCCCACCCUGUGACCCUGUGACAUGCUAGCUUCAAGAGGAGGGCCAGACUGCACAGUUCCUGCACCCACCUCCUGCCUGGUAGUUAGCACAGACGGUAAAAAAGAUGGACGUAGCCACGGUGACCCAUUGGUUUGUGCAGUGUUGUCAUAAAACCUCGAGCACCAUCUUCAUCUCUGUCUUUUGGAACUGGGAAUUGACUGUCAAUCACAGGUUAAAUGCAUUACCGCCACCUUCUGGCAUUUUGCUGAUUAAAGAUAUUUUACCAAGAAUUUUUGGCAAGAACUAGUUUAGUGGAAGGAAAAAGGUUCCUACACAAAGGAUAUAUAGUAGGGAUGGUCAUGAUCUUCAAACAUUUGAAUAGUAAUUCAUAUAUAUUGUAAAAAUCCAUUUAUGGGACCAACUGUGUCAUUUAGUUUCUAUUCAACAUAAGCAGAUAUUUCUACAGCUGAGCAGGGAUCUCUCUUAAACUGCUGCAAACCAAAACCAUUUAGAAGGACAAAUCGCACUAAACACCAGAGGACUGUUGUGUAAAUUUGAUUUUGGGGUGAACUGCACCUGCAAACUGAGUGUAGUUUAAGUCUUGUUUCCGGGACUAAAGCUUCAGUGUUCCUGUGACCACAAGUAUGUAUCAAACCUGAGUUUAUUUCCUGCACGAGACCAUGUGUGCACCAUGUGUUACGUGAAUGGCAAAGUGUGUUUGGGAUAGGUUUGUUAUGUUUUUCUCAUUCUUUCCCCUAUUUUUGCUUUUUGUUCAGCUGUUGUGUUAUUUAUGUAUUGAGACAUAUUUAUUUAUUCAAUUGCUUAGCUCAACAGUUAAAGGGUUAAAGUAGCAGCUGUACUGUAACUGUAGCAGUUCAGUCUGGUAACAGUAGAAAUACUGGGUCAUCUGUUUGUUUUAUUAUAUAUUGGGAUAUGAACGAUGUUUAUCUUUUAGUUUUUAAUCUUAUUUAAUGGAACUUUGUCUGUAAAUGAAUUAAAUGUAAUAAAUGAGCUG